UUUGAUCAUCUGAUCUGUGGCUUUUUUAAAAUGAUUUUUUUUUUUAUCUGUGAGCUGAUCAAUAGCUGUCGGUGACGUCAUCCCACUUCCUUUUUGUGCGGGAAGUCGGUGAGAAAAAAAAUCUGCUGAUCAGCCAAUCUGCUGCUGUCUGUCGCCCUGCGGGUUUUAUUUUCCUCCAUCCCUCUCUCCUCCUCUCCUCUCCUCCUCCGCUCCGUAGCAGCGAUGCUCCCGCCGGGUCUGGCCGGCCUCGGUGCUCUGCCUGCGGGCUGGCAGUAGAUCGGCAGGUCGGUGCAGGUCCCUCCGUCAUGGUGCAGAAAUCCCGGAACGGCGGGGUGUUCCCCGGAGCGCAGGCCGACCAGAAGAAGCUGAAGGUCGGCUUCGUGGGUCUGGAGGCCGGGGGGACCGAGUCCAGCAGGGACGGAGCUCUGCUCAUAGCAGGUGGGGAGGAGGGUCCUCGGCGGCAGCGCAGCAGCGUAUCUGGAAGAAAGAAACCUCCGAAGCGAAACGCUCUCUACAGACGACUGCAGAUCUUCCUGUACAACGUCCUGGAGAGACCUCGAGGAUGGGCCUUCAUCUACCACGCUUACGUGUUCCUGCUGGUGUUCUCCUGUCUGGUUCUGUCUGUGUUCUCCACCAUCAAAGAGUAUGAGAAGAGCUCAGAGGACGCUCUCUACAUUCUGGAAGUGGUAACCAUCGUGGUGUUCGGGGUGGAGUACAUUGUGAGGAUCUGGGCUGCAGGUUGCUGUUGUCGGUACAGAGGAUGGAGAGGACGACUCAAGUUCGCCAGAAAACCUUUCUGUGUCAUCGACAUCAUGGUGUUGAUAGCGUCCAUCUCAGUGUUGGCUGCAGGGACUCAGGGGAACGUCUUCGCCACUUCAGCCAUCAGGUCGCUCCGUUUCCUUCAGAUUCUGAGGAUGAUCAGGAUGGACCGACGGGGAGGAACCUGGAAACUUCUGGGUUCAGUUGUCUACGCCCACAGCAAGGAGUUGAUCACUGCAUGGUAUAUCGGCUUCCUGUGUCUCAUUCUGGCCAGUUUCCUCGUUUAUUUGGCAGAAAAAGAGGACAACGAACAGUUUGAGACGUAUGCAGACGCCCUCUGGUGGGGACUGAUUACCUUGACAACCAUCGGCUACGGAGACAAGUUCCCCAUCACCUGGAACGGACGUCUGCUGGCUGCAACCUUCACUCUGAUCGGAGUUUCAUUCUUUGCUCUGCCCGCGGGGAUCCUGGGUUCUGGUUUUGCUCUGAAGGUUCAGGAGCAGCACCGACAGAAACACUUUGAGAAGAGAAGAAACCCAGCAGCCGGACUCGUACAGGCGGCGUGGAGGGUUUAUGCCACAAAUCUGAGCCGAACUGAUCUGACUUCAACCUGGGAUUAUUACGAGAGGACUGUCUCCGUCCCCAUGUACAGGUUGAUUCCCCCUCUCAAUCAGUUGGAUUUAUUGAGGAACCUCAAGAACAAAUCAGGACUCUCAUUCAGGAAGGAUGCCCAGCCUGAACCGUCUCCCAGUCAGAAGGUCAGUCUGAAGGAAAGGGUCUUCUCGUCUCCCCGGAGUUCAGGAACCAAAGGGAAAGGUUCUCCUCAGCACGUGGCUCCCACAGUCGUCCCCGGUGUCGCUCCUGGUGUUGGUCCUGGAGUUCCUGGAGUCCUGGGGAGCGUCCAGGCCCUGCGACGGUCCCCCAGCAUGGAGCCCAGUCUGGAGGAGAGUCCCAGCAAGGUUCCAAAGAGCUGGAGCUUUGGAGAACGUAGCAGAACCAGACAGGCCUUCAGGAUCCGAGGAGCUGCCUCCCGCCAAAACUCUGAAGUGCUGAUAGAGAUGCAGGACGAAGAGUUCAGACAGAAGAACUCCCCAGAGGCCAGCCUGCCAGGAGAAGACAUGGCUGACGACAACAAGAGCUGCCACUGUGAGUUCGUCCCUCAGGAUCUGACCCCGGGGUUAAAGGUCACCAUCAGAGCCAUCUGUAUAAUGCGUUUCAUGGUGUCUAAGAGGAAGUUUAAGGAGAGUCUUCGUCCCUAUGACGUAAUGGACGUGAUCGAACAGUAUUCAGCCGGACACCUGGACAUGCUCGCCCGCAUCAAGAACCUCCAGUCAAGGGUGGAUCAGAUCGUCGGCAGAGGGACACCAACAGCAGACAAGGACCGUCCCAAAACAGCCAGUGAGGAGCUUCCUGAGGACCCAAGCAUGAUGGGACGGUUGGGGAAGGUGGAGAAGCAGGUCCAGUCCAUGGAGAGAAAGUUGGACUUCUUGGUUAACAUCUACAUCCAGCGAAUGGGAAUCCCUCGGGCUGAGACCGACGCCUACUUUGGAUCCAAGGAGCCAGACCCGGCCCCGCCCUACCAAAGUCCAGUGGAUCAACUGGUGAAGAGCCAGUCCAUCUCCAAGAUCCCACAGGUGGUGCCUGCCGACCACAUCGAGAAGAGUCGUUUUGCGACAAAGAUGGUCCGCUCCAGCAGCUCCACCGGACACAGGAACAACAACGCCCCCACCUGCCCGCCCUCCACCUCCUGGCAGCCAAUCAGUUCCCAGCUCCAGCAGCAGGUCCCGCCCCCUGCUCACCGCAGCCACGGCAACACUCCGAGUCCAGUGGGGGAUGGGUCACUGGUUCGACUCCCACCUCCACCGGCCGGAGAGAGACACGGCGGGAACCGAUCGAACCGGCACAGCACCGGAGACCGAGGGGGGAAGAAAGAGAGACCAGAGAGGGGAGGAGACGGGGCCAAUGGGACCGGGGCAGGAGGAGGGGAGGAGGCGAAGCCGGACAGUGACGCCUCCAUCCCGUCUGUGGACCACGAGGAACUGGAGCGCUCCUUCAGUGGCUUCUCCAUCUCCCAGUCCAGAGAGAACCUGGACUUCCUCAACAACAGCUUCUACUCCUCCACAAACCUGGGAGACCACCGAGGAGGAAGAGGAGGAGGAGCAGGAGCAGGAGCAGGAGGAGGAGGAGGAGGAGGAGGAGCAGGAGCAGGAGGAGGAGGCGCCGCCCGCUGCGCCACCAUCCGGCCAUACAUCGCAGAGGGGGAGUCGGACUCUGACUCGGAGCUCUGCGCUCCCUCGCCUAACUCGGACCAGGCCUGGACCGGAACCAAGUAGAGCCGGAGGUAAACCAGAACAGAACCAGUUCAACAAUUAAAGUAAUAAUCACACCAGCUGGAGUUACAGAGUGAAGCAUCAUGGGAACUGUGAAUGGCACAAAGCACCAGGUAUCACGGUGGUUUUAUUCAUGCGAAUGUUUUAACCUGUACAGCAAAUGUUUGUUCUCACUAUCACUGAUUGGUUCACUGCUGGGUCACGCUCACACCUGAUUGGUUCACUGCUGGGUCACGCUCACACCUGAUUGGUUCACUGCUGGGUCAAGCUCACACCUGAUUGGUUCACUGCUGGGUCACGCUCAUACCUGAUUGGUUCACUGCUGGGUCACGCUCACACCUGAUUGGUUCACUGCUGGGUCACGCUCACACCUGAUUGGUUGCUUGUUUCCAUGUUGAAGACACUUGUAAACACUAUUAUCAGCAUCACAUAACUGCACCCCACUGUUACAUUUAUUUAUACAUUUAUUGUUUUAAAAAUUCUGACACAAAGCAACAAAAGACACAUCACCAUGUCAACAGACUCUCCUGUUGUUUGUUUGUUUGUUUGUUUGUUGUCUCUAUUUCCUCUCCAGAGCUCAAACACAGAUUUAUCCUGAGCUUUCAGCAGAAACCUGAACCUCUCUGCAGAUAAACUCUUAAACUAACUCUGCUGUGACGUCUUGCAGGGUGGAAGUGAACGUCAUGAAAGCGUCCUUUGUUUAUUCUGCCCUCUAAAGGCAGAGAGCUGUAACGACAGAAACUGGGAUGCUGGGAGAAAAGUUUUCAGGCGGGAUGACAAACUGAAUUAACAGAUACAAAGGUUGUGAUGUCUUCGUUUUAUGUCUUUUUAGAUUAUUUUGUCAUAGACCCAAACAGGUUUCCUAAAAAAUGUGUAUCUGCACUCCAUCUUUGGAUAUUCUUCAGGUGAAGAUCUUUCAUUUUAUUUCCAUCAGUCUUUUUAUUACGGAAGCCCUGAAAGGCAAGCGAGAAUCUUUUUUUUCUGGUGAUCCAUUUUUUAAGUCUGAUCUGAAUAAUUUUUCUCUCCUGUGUUUAUGGCUUAACAACAGGUGAACAAAUGUUUUGCCAGAAUAUUCUUUUUUUUCCUGUGAAACAGGUGGAAAAAAAAUGUAAGUACAGUUUUUUCUACCUGUUUCACAGGAAAAUAAGGAACUUUUAGCUGAACUAGUUGAAAGUUUCAACUUGUAUCUUCGCCCCCCAUCCACGCUGCCCCUUUUAAUACAUCACAAAGUCAGAUUCUGGUCUAAUCUCAGAUUUAUUGUCACUGUUCUGGGAUUAAUUCAGGAUCCAUUCAGGACCGCCUCCCACACAGUGGAUGUUUCAAUCUGGAACCAGGAUUUUAUCAAAGUAACCUGUGGAAUACAGGUUACUUUGAUAAAAUCCACAAAACAACGUCGUUAGCCAUCAGCUCUUGGCCUUGGAAGUAGCACUGGGUUACUAACGCUAGUUAGCCUGACAUGCUAAAGUUAGCAGCUUACAUUAGCACACUGUUUAAUCCAUUCCUUACACUUUUGCUGUUGUGUUUUUGGAAAGUUGAUAAAAAAAGACACGACCUACCAAAAAUCCAUCGCUAGACAGACCUGCUGCCUAGUUACAGUUGCUAAGCUGUGAUUGGACAAUCGCUCUUCGGGGGAGGAGUCAGUUCAGACUCGGAUGGUGACGUGAACAGUGUUGACCAAUCAGAAACUCAGUUCAUCAACUCAAUUACAUGAGGUCACACAAAAACAUUAGUAUGUAUAUAUAGACUGUAUCCCCAACUAAUAAUUAGUUUAGGAUUAAUAUUCAUUACUCAAAUGUAAUCAUCCCCAACUGUGAAUUAUUUUAUGAUUAAUAUUCUUCACUAAAUCCCAACAGUUGAUUCAGUAACCCAGCGACAGGAAUGUAAAUGACGUAAUACUGAAGAGUUUUUAUUCACAGAGAUGAGCAGAGCCGUCCAGCAGGGGACAGUCGGGAGGGUCAGUCUCACUUCAGGAAACCAAAAUAAGACAAACCUACCAAAAUAAGAGUCUCUUUUACUGCCUGAGCUAUUUGCUUCCCUCUGGACAAUGAGUUCAACAUUUCUGAGCAGCAGUGGAGCUAAAAACCUAAAGUUUGUCCUGAGGGGGGGCGCAUGAGUUAAGCCCCGGCCCCCAGGAACCACAGAUAGGAGGUGUAAACAUGACGGAUUGUACUGAGGAGGUUUCAUCAUCAGGAGGAAGAUGGACAGAGGUAGAUGCUAGAAUGUACCCACCAAACGUAGGUAACCUAUCCUAACCAUUCCAGGUCAAUGCCUAACCUCAACCAUCUCACGAGAGUUUCGCACAUGAACUACAUUCAGUGGGUACAUACUAGCAUCUGCCAUGGACAAACUGUAAACGUUCAGUUAAUUAACUGUAUGUACAUCUGAUCAAUCAGCUAAGGAUCAAUGUGUGAUCAGCUGAUCAAUCAGCUCUCCUUUGAUUGGCUCAUGAAAGAGACUCAUUCACUGACCUGCUGCCUGUUGACUCGCUUUAACGCAUUCGUUCAUUUGAAUGACAACACAUUUUAUUUACUGUUUCCCUGGAGACCAGUGAGUUUCCGAACAAAGAAAAGGAAACAGUCGUCUUUGUUGUACUCUUUUUUUUUUUCUUUUUUCAGUAAGUAAAACUGAAAAUAUUAAGCUAAUUAUUUAAUUUGUGUUUUGUGAAGGAUUUCCGUCCGUCUGUCCACCUGUGUGUCCAGACAUCCAGAACAGGUUUAAACCACAUGGACUCGCUGUCUGUCAGUCCACAUGAAAGUUGUUUAAAUGUGUUUUGGAGAAAAAAACGGUACGACUAUAAAUUUAUCUUGUUUCAUCCAAACUGUAUGUUUGUACAGAACAUUGCCUGUUUUGAUUGUAUUUCAAUAUUAAUUAAAAACCUUUAACCACAACAAA